AUGCGCCUAGGGUAUCCGAACCGAUCAAGUCGUGAUAACUUAUUGGUCCGUGUACGUGAUCUUUUUUUACUAAUUUAUAUUUAUAUUUAUCCAUAUGAACAUGGUGCUAUAGCAUUGUCGUUUGUACAAAGUAUUAAAUAUAAUAUUAAUAUUAUCAAAAAAAAAAACUCAAAAAUGUCAGCCGAUGCUUGUUGUCAAUCAUCAACAAAUGUUCAUUUGCAUUUAAAACAAAAUUCGGCAUUAUGUGAUAGUAAUAAUAAUGAAACUACUCAAGUAAAAGCUAUAUCUCCAACAGACGAAUGUGCACACGAUCAAUAUACGCCAGAGAAUGGAAUUCAAGAGAAAUCGGAUACAGAACAUGUUGCAGAAGCUAGUAAUGAUAAAGAAGACGCACAACAAGAGCAACAUUCAUCAGCUGUCGACGAAACAACUAUUUUACCGUUGAAUGAAGAACAACUUGAUGAAGAGACCGUUAUGAAGAAUAGUGAAAGCGUGGACAAUAAAGAAGAACUAAUUCAUCCGGAGCAGUUAGAUGAUAGUGAAAAAACUCUUUCUUUAUCAACUGAUGAUAAUAAAGUUAAUAAUAGUAAUAAUGUAACUACGCCAGAACCAUACAAAGAUUUUAGUGGAAUUGAUACGGAAACAUUUAUUUCUCGUACAAUUAAAAAUAAUCCAAAGGAUCGUUCGUUAAUGUUUCAAUUAGAACAGAUAUUUAGAGAUUUUAUCAACGAUACAAAAGCAAAAACAUAUCAGUUUCAACCAAUGAAUUCAUAUCAACGUAUGAUUGUACAUCGUGUUAGCGCAUUUUUUGGGUUGGAUCAUAAUGUUGAUAAAUCAGGCGCAUCAAUCAUUUGUCAAAAAACUCAAAAUACCAGAAUACCGUCGUUUUUCUUUGAAAAUUGCAUUCCAGAAAAUGAACCGCCUACGCCACCGCCAUCGGCCUCGAGUCCUCCAGAUAUUGUUGAUACAGCAGAUUUAGUAACGCCGUCCACGAAUAGUAGUAGUAUCAAUAAUACAAAGAAAAUCUUAAGACGACGUGACAUUAAUGAUACAACAAACGGAGCACCAUCAGCCUCUUCUUCAUCGUCCUCAUCGACAACUGGUGCUCCUACUUAUAAUUAUUCUGUGCAAUCUUCACCAUCACAACAUCAAAGAAAACCCUUCCAUGAACGACAACAAUAUUAUAAUGAAGUGAGAAGAAAAAUAUUUAAUAAUCCCGGCGUACAGCCAGGCGAGCAACAACAACAACAACAACAACUACAGCAGCAGCAACAACAACAAAAUGUUAAAAUAUUAAAUAAUGAUCAACGACAACAACAUCAAAAAUUGUACAAAAAUUCGAUGAAUAUGAAUGACAGUCAUCAGACGCAAUCAAAUUCCUAUUCGAAUAUUCAACUUCAAUCAAAACAACAUUAUAAAAAUGAUUUAUCGAGAGCAAAUGAACAACAAUCUUCGUCAGAACGUCGGGUACCAAAUAGUAUGAUCCGUAGACAGCAACAGCAAAACUAUAAUAAUUCACUGAACAGUGCAAAUAGAAACAAUAAAUCUCAACAUUAUUAUCAAAAUUCAACGCAAUCAACAACAAAUGUACCAACGAAUAAUAGCAAUAACAGUAGCAAUCAAUAUAAUCAUCAAUAUGGAGCAAAAUCCGCGAAUACACCAGAUAUCAAUGCAAGACCUCCAAUUUAUCCAAAUCAACAACAUCAACCCCCACAACAACAGCAACAGUUUUACGUAUCAGCACCAAAUAGUUUUAACAAUCCAACACAAAUCGAUAACAAAUAUUUAUUACACUCAAAUCAAGCUGGUUUACGUUCACCACUUUCCGUUCCACUUAUUUAUCCCUCGCAACCACAAACUAGCGGAGAAUAUGAUUAUAAUCCUAAUUUAAUUCCUGUUGGAAUCGUACCAGCAUUUGCACAUGCAAACCAACCGCAACAUCAGAUUCAUCCUCAUCCAGCAUUUGUUCAAACGAACACAAACACGACUAUACCGCAACAACAACAACAGCAUCCACAUCAAAAUACACAAGGCUUACCAAUCUAUUUAUUACCGUCUCAACCGGGUCAACAAAGUCAAUAUGUCUAUUUCGCUCAACCACCGCCACAAUCAACUUCGUAUCCUCUAACUACGAUUAAUCAAGACGGAACGUUGUCGACCGGAGGACAUUAUCUUCAUUUAUAUCGUUCUGAGCAGGAUCGUCCUACAGCAUCAACAACCGAUGUAACAGCAGUUUCCUAUUCAACUGCCGCGCAAACCUAUCAACAUCCACAAUUGCCACAACAAUUGACAUUACAACAACAGCCUCCUACACCUCAAUCACAGCAGCAGCAGCAGCAGUAUCGUCUAUAUCCCACUAAUAGUACAAAUUCACCAAUUGCUCAAACAUUCAAUCCACCACAACCAAAUUUUAGUCAAGGUGCAAUACAAGGUUCAACAGGUACGAUACCCUAUCAGUUCUCUGGAGUUUCACCGUUAUCAUCAAAUACUGGACUAAAAACAGCAACGAUAUUUGAUAAUGGAAUGCCGAAUGUUCUAUCGUUUGGCUCAGCUAAAACACCUGGUAAUCCAAACACAACCGCUCUUUUUAAUCCAUCGAUGUUAAUAGCAGCAGCAGCACUGAAUAAUCCCAGUCAUUCGUCAAACGGCAGUGAGGAGUACCAUCAUUCUCAAUCAGUCCAACAAAAUUCUCGUUCAUUACAACAUCAACAAUCGUACAAUCCCCAAGUUCGUUAUCAACACCAAAAUAAAUAUCAAAAUCAACAAGCAUCGGCCAUUACACCAUUUCGUAAAAAUGAUUUAUAUGUUGGUCAACCUUUAGUCGGUGCCUCGCCAAUGGUAACGCAGCAACGACAUCAAUAUCAUUCAUCUCCUAAAAAUUCCUACUAUCAUCAUCCACAAGCCUAUGAUCACUCAACACGUAACAAUCAGCGUUCUUCGACAAAUAAUAAUAAUAAUAAUCAUAAUAAUAAUACUAAUAAUAAUAGUAAUAAUAAUCCUUCCACCACAUCACAAGAGAAACAAUUAUCACCAUCACCAACUUCAACACAAACAAAAGAGAAUGAAAGUAUCUCUUUGGACAAUGCAGGUUCAGUUAGCGAUACCGUCAAUACACCAACAUCAUCAAAUGAACCAAAUAAUUCUCUUUCGCCAUCAUCGUCUUCAUCGUCGGCAAUGACUUGUGUUCCGUUACCACCUCGUCAACCAAAAAACCCUCAAAAUAUGGAUGAUGAAAGCAAAAAUAGUAAUACAGACAUAAAAGAGACAAACGAUGAUUUGAAAAGUGAAACCAAUGUAACACAAGGUACGUUUACGCAUGUUUCUGAGUCAUAG